ACCAACUUUAAUUGCACAUAUUGUUUGAACGUUAGUUAAUUUAGUUGGACUAAUUUUGAAUGAAUAGUAAACGCUAUGAUAAGUUAAUUAGGCCAACCGUUUCAUUUUUUUCAAGCCAUCUAAACUCACUAACCGUCUAAAAAUCUAAAAUUUUAGUCGUUGGUUUAUAUUUAUAGAGCCAUAACUAUACUGGUUCGAGAAUUUUAGUUAAUUUUUAACGUAACGUAUCAAUAUGGAAUUAGACGUUGAAGAAAACAACUACAGUCACCAAGACGCCGAUAACGAACACGACAUGGGCCUAUACUCAUUUUGCGAGAAUAGCCAUAAGGAUUGGGAUGAGAACGAUCGUGUUGGUUAUUUAGAAGAGCAAUACGAUAUUCUUCAUUCUUCUGUUAUAGCUCUUACUUCGCAUUUUUCUCAAGUGCAGCUAAGAAUUCAUCAAAUCAUCGAAGCACCUGAUGAAGAAAAAAAAGAUCUAUUGAAAAAUUUAGAAGAGUUUGCUUUUAAAGGCAUUCCUAAUAUUUAUACGAAUUGUUCAUUAAAUCAUCUACUUACGAAUAAUGACGACCAACUGGUGGAAAAGAAACACCAAGUGCAAAUUGAAGUUAUUAAUGAAAUGAAAAAACAAUUAGAAGAUUUAGAAUAUCACAUUUAUAAUAACAGAAACGAAUUUGACUUGCCAGAGAACUUUGUGGAUAUUUUUCGUGAAAGGCAAAAUAAUAUUAUCAACCAAGUCGAAAAAAAUCUAAAUGUCAAUAUAAAGGAUCCGAAUAACAUUUCAGUCGGUGAAUUAAAAGAAGAAGUUGACAAUGCCAUUCAAAAAUUAGUAAACCCAAUGAAAGCAACUGAACAUCUCGUGAAUCAAUUGAAAACCCAAAUAGCAGACUUGGAGCGAUUUAUUGAUUACGUGCAAACCGGAAAAAUCAAAUUAAAAACAUCUAGCGGGAUGAAUGACAAAAUAACAACAAUUAAUGAGAAAGAAAGAAAAUCGAGGAAAAAUGAGAUACCCCAAAAUACAAUUGGAGCUGUUAACCGACUGUCAGCUAUUCUACAGAUGUUUAUUGGCACCCAAAUAUCUUGUAAUCAACGAAAUUUUAAGAGGAACUCCCUAAAAAAAUCUCUAAAGAUUAAUCAUUGGGGAGAUCACAGGGCUAACUUGGAGCUGGUUAUAGCAGAUUUGCUCGAAAUUUUGAAUGUUCCUGAAACUCACAAUGAUAGUGACUACAUGUCUGAUUCAGAAGGCGCAUUAGCUGCAAUGGAGUGUAAUGGAAAAAUAGCUUCGAUUGUCCGAAAAAGAUUAGCACCAUCCAUACAAAACUUAAUGCAACAUGGUCUUAUUAUGAUCGGGCAGAGUACCAGUGUAGUACCUUUUGUAGACUGUCUACAUCCAAGAGUAAACAAUUCAAAAUCGAAUUUGCACGCUUGGGAAUUAGUUCUUAAGUACUACGAGAUAAAAAAUGGCGACCAUUUUAACUCUACACCUGCUCGAAAACUGUCGCAGAGUUUUAAUUUGGAUAUUGAAGGAUGCAAAUCAUCAGUUUCCCACAAACAAUGUCUCUUAUCAAUUAUAGGCAAUAUUAUUUCAUCACAUUCUCGGUACAAACGAAGCUAUGAUUCUUGUUUCAAAGCAUUAGUGUGCGCAGGAUUAAAUGCAAAAAUGUUAGUCAAUUGGUUAAGAUUUAUAUUUAAAUGUCAACCCCUAGUUGAACUUUACUAUCAGCCAUGGAGCUAUGUAGCUCAAACAGGAUUUGAAGACGCUUUGCAUUCGCUGGAAAAAUUGAACCAAUACAAUUUUGAAUUACCUGUAGAUUUAGCCAUUCGUCAAUUACAAAAUAUUAAAGAUGCUUUUUAAAAUUGUAAAUAUGUACAAAAUUUUCCACUUGUUAUUUGAAUUAAAAUGUUAAUAGUGAAAAUAUAUAUUUUAAAUAGUCCGAGAAUUUUUAAUAAAAAAAUGAUAAAAUCUA